AUGCUGAAUUCCGUGGACCUUAGUGGCGCCAAAUCCAUUGAUGGUAAAUUUCCGCUCGCAAAAAAGAUACCACAUUGUUUGAAGAAUUUUCAUUACAUUCGUCAUGUCAAAAAUUACAAAAUAGAAAUCCUCCAGAGAAUUCGAAACUAUAUCUCGACACAUCGCAGCAAAAAAGAAUGGAUCACGGGUUGGGGAUGGGAUCAAACGCAAUGGCAAUCCAAAUCGUUUCCCACUUCUAAAGAUAUAGAUUCGGACCCGGAACUCGCUCGGUACCCAAUCGUAUUGUUACGUGUUGACGGACAUGCACUGUGGGUAAAUGAAAGAGUAUUGAAUAUCCUGCAAAAGGAUCGAAUUCCAGAUAAGGUUGACGGAGGAGAGAUUGGAAGGGAAAAAGAAACGAAUCGAUUGACUGGAAUUUUUGUAGAUAAUGCCAUGGAAUUAGUUCUUGAACGAAUUGAGGGAAUGGGUGAAGGAAGAUUGACUGUGAGAAGUGUGAAACUAUUUAUGGAUGGAGCAUUGGGAAGUUGGGGUGCAGCACUUUUGGAACCAUAUUCCGACGAACCGACCAAACAAGGUCUGCUAAUAUCAGACCCAACAUUACUGCCGCCUGUGAUUAAUCAAUGGAUUGAAAAGGGAUUCCAAGUGAACACGCACUGCAUAGGAGAUCGUGCUAAUCGCAUAAUCAUAGACAUGUAUGAAAAGUGCUUUCAAGAUUAUGUAAAAUUACAUUCGAAUAAUGGAAAUAUUACUGAUGAGGAAUUUCCCAAAGAAGUUGAGAAGUUGGCUGAGAAACUAAGGUUUAGAAUUGAGCACGCACAAAUCUUGGUAAGUAAGAACGCACAUAAUAAAUCCGUUUCCAAAUUGAGAUAA